UUUACUAUUACUCUGAAACAUUUGAAACAAAACAAUACAUCAACUCGUUCGCUUGAAUAACUAAAAAAUUAAUCACAAUGAAAUUCGGAUUUUUAAGGGAUAGGCUUAUUUAUUUCUUAUUCACACUGAUAAUAAUGGCUGCUUGUUUGGCACUAAUUGCGUUGUUUUCGGGCUGCCGUCACGAAUCGGUUAAGAUCAAGACAGUUGGGAUGCACGUAUUUCUUGUGGUGCUGGGUCAAUUCCUGCUAAAUGAUACAAUUAAAUUCCUAUUGAUAUCCAUCGAUAAGGCCACUUGGCCGAAUCUGCAGACAACGUUCCUGAACGAGAGGCGUCCAAUUGUGCACACACGCACUCAAUAUUUGAAAAUGCGCUUGAAUAUUUUGCGAGCCCAGUUGAGACACGGACAGGAUCAUAUCAAUGAACCACUCAAUCUGAAAUUUCAAUUGAUCUCCCUCGAUCUGUGUCUCUACGGCACCUAUUUCCUGUUGUUGACUUCUGUGGUGCUGGUGACACGAGACGAGCUGCUCUAUUACAACACGGAUAUGAUGAAAAAAUUAUUUUCGACCAACCGUACUUAUACUUUGGGCUUGAACUACGUACAGGAGUUGGAUCAGUUCUACACAUUCGUAGAAGUGUCGUUGAUCAAUGCCUUCGAUUCGAAGGUUAAGGAAACAGGCUACAGGUCCUGGAUGUAUGGCGAUCAAACUGCCAAACUUGGCGUAAUUCGAUUGCGUCAGCUGCGCCACAAAGAGGAUUAUCAUCUCGGUUGGGGAUCGUCCCAGUUCUCUAGUCUUGAUUAUAUGCCCAACUGGAAGUUACCCUACGAACGCAUGGCUUACACUGAUAAAUAUUGGAACAUCUAUUUGCCAUGGCUGCCGUCAUCGGUUAGGUACAGUACCUUUGAGAAAAUUUUUUUGAAUCCUAAGCAAAACGGCUACUGUGAGAAUUUUCCAGAGACAAUGGGUUAUAUUACAAUGUUGGCGCGUAGUCGCAACAAUAGCAUGAAGGUGCUCCAUUAUCUUGAGCAAAACAAUUGGGUGAAUACACAGACGGCUGCUGUUUUCAUUGAUUUCACUUUAUACAAUGCGGAUGCGAAUAUCUUUACCAUUUGCAAUUUGCUGGUGGAGCGAACGCCAUUUGGCACUUUGGUACCUCGUGUCGACGUCCAAAGCAUUAAAUUGCAAGUCUUGGAUCAGCUGGGCACACUCGGUCUAAUUGUGUCCAUCAUAUAUGUGUUGGUGCUCAUUCAGUUCUCCAAGACACUGGUGGUCACACUUUGGUACGAGCCAUCAAAGCUGCGCAGCAUGUGGAAUAAACUGGACUUGGUCAUUUUGGUGCUCAAUAUUCUGGUGGUCAUAUUGAUCAUCGUACAGGAGUUCAUGGUCUCGACGCUGCUCGAGCAAAUUGAGUAUGCGAACAAGUUGCAAUUUCUGGACUUUCGGAGACCCGCGAUUGUGAAGCAUGUAUGCAGCAUUGUCCUCGGAAUCCUUGUGCUCUUGACCACGUUGCGGCUGUGGAAGGUUCUUCAAUUUUCCAGCGUCUUUCAGCUCUUCUCACAUGCUCUGUUUAGCGCGUGGCAAGCUCUGGCGAGCACCGCAUUACUUAUCUCCAUUUUCCUGGUCGCAUUUGGCAUCGCUGUGGCAAUCAUCAAUGGCAACAAUACGAUGAAUUUUAAUUACAUAAUGAGAAGCAUUGCCAAUUCGUUGUGCUUCUCAUUUGGCUUCAGCCAACACAUCAGUCCCAAUGAUCUCUUCUAUGGUGGAGUGGGCAUGGGCAUAAUCCUAUAUUUGAUACUCACUUUUGUGAUUGCACAGCUGCUGAUUAACGUAUUUGUCUCGACGAUCAAUGGAUACUUCGUUUAUGCCAAGUCGGUGCGUGAUGCCAAAGCUCAACAGCCGAUCAAUUUUCUGGAAUUUCUGCAUGUCGAGUACCACGGUGUCUUUGAAAUGUUCCGUAAGGUGCCCUGCAUCAAUCGUGGAUAUCGCAGCGGUAAUCGCACGGUGGCUGACUAUAUCAAAUAUACUUUGGAUGACAGACAUAAGAAGAGCGUUAAAUCCAAACAUCAUGCAUUGGCCAUCAGAUUUCAACAGGGCGAUGAAAAUUUGGAUGAGGCCACGAAGCAUGAGAAUUAUAAGAAACGCAUUGUUCGACUCUAUAAUAUUGCAAGCGUAAUGCAGACUCAAAUGCAACUGUUGGAACACUUCUGGGAGUUGGACGUGGAUAAAACUAAAAAGGAUAAACCAAGAUCGCCCAAGGAAGAGGACUCAGAAUCCGAUGAAGAUUACAGUGUUUAAUUAUAAAAUAACACAGACAUUUUAAAGCUACAAUUACUCAUUUUAAAAUAAUGAACUUUAAAGUUCAUUAAACUACAGUAACCUUGUCAAUAAGCCACGAGACCUUGACACACAUUCACAGUCAAUUACACACAUACAUAAGUAUGUUGUUGCUUGAAUAAAUAAUUGCUGCGGUUGACAAAAAUGUAACUUCAAAACAAACCAUUUAAUCCGCUUCUCAAUGUGGCCCAUAGCUGCGUUCACUGCAGCCAAUUAUUUUUGCUA